AUGGGUGCCGGUAACAGGGAAAGCUCAACUGGCAUGAGCAUCCCCAAUGUGGGCUGCAGAGUCGCGCGUUUCGCGCUUGUUAUUCUCUCAGUGAGCACGCUCAACAUAUUCGUCGACGAUUUUGUCAGGGGGGAACAUUUUUCGGGGGCAACAGCAGCCGCUACGGCGGUCCUCAGAACAGCAGGAGACGUGGCAGGAGCCCCAGGUAUUUGCAAGAAAGUCUCUGAUGGCGUGACAAGCUGCACAUGCGCGGAGUUGUCCCGUCACAAGGCGACAGGGGCUGCACGAGGCGGAGGUGGAUCAUCUGGAGGGGAACCUGCGUCUGCCGAUAUUGUAUUUGAUGGAGAUAACACGCUGACGCUCACUUGUUCUACACCGACGACUAUCGUACCACCGUCCUUGCAUGAGGACAACCUAGUGUGUCUCAGUGGCGCAGAACCUUCCAAGUGCAAGACCAAGGACGAAAGCACGGGAUCAGUCGGCCUGCAGACCCUUCUCGAAGGCGAAGGAAGCGAAUCAGUCAAAUGGAUCAAAACGAAAGACGAAUACGCGUUAGCGGUUCCCCGGAGUGCCGCUCCGCUCUCCGACAAAUCAUUUUGGGUCGGCUGCUUGUCGCAACAGCCGACAGAUAAAGCCGCAUGUAAAAUUACCGUGGCACUGAAGGCAAAGGAAUCGACAACAAUCGACGGCAAUGUGGUUCGGUGUGCGUACGGAGCCACCAGCAACGAGAAAGGCCCGCAGAAAGUGACCUUGUCCCCCAAGGCAAACAGCCUGACUCUCGUCUGCGGCUCAGAGGGGGCGAUUCAGCCGACGACGUACAAUGAACACUUUUGCAGCGGACAGAUCAGUGACAACUGUUCUGACGCGUACACUGCCGUCCUUCCUGACUUUCAGAAGGACUGGUGGACGCCCGAUUCCUCCGGCAAGACCCCGUACAAGUUGGUGAUUCCGGAAGAUAAAUUCCCUCAGACGGAACAGAUGAUUUCACUGGGCUGCAAGUAUGCGGCUGCUCCCGCGAAAGCGACAUCUGAGCAUGACGAGCCUGAACCGACUGUAUCGACUUCCUGCAGGGUCGACGUUACGAUCGCGGCAGCAGGCUCUUCCUCGUCAGCGGCGGUGCGUGACUGGCGUAUGCUCUUUGGUGUUUCUGGUUUUAUUCCCCUCUUGGCGGGGAUUCUAUCUAUGCUGUAUUAG